ACAGCAGCAUCUCAAUUUUGGUUUGCAUUUCCUCAAAAGUCACUUCUUCGGAAAAGCUAAAAGCUUUUAUUGUUAUUUUUUCAGAACUAAACCAAAGGCGUUGAACGGUCACUCUAGACGUUUCAUUAUGUAGGCAUCUGUCUUUUAUUUCCACAGGUUGAUGGCAAACAACACCUCUGUAGUUGGUGGGUUUGUGGUGCGGCAGCCCAGUUACCGGGUUAUUAUUGUGCAGGUCUUGGUCAUUAUAUUUUUUUUCAUCAACAUGUUGCUGAUUGUGACAUUUUUCAAAAAAAAGUCUUUUCACACGAGUGCUCGGUACCUCUUAUUUGCUCUAAUGCUAAUGUCAGAUAGCUUUCUGUUAGCCAUGUCUGAUAUUCUACUGGUUUUAACAGCUUUUGAGGUGGUCAUGCAUGUUUGGGUGUGCGUUAUUGUAUCAAUAGUAGUGCUCUUGUACAAUAUGGUUACACCUGUUACUCUUGCAGCAAUGACCCUGGAGCGAUAUGUGGCGAUCUGCAUGCCCCUGCAUCACGCAGAGCUGUGCUCCCCUCGCAGCACGGUGCACUGCAUCCUCAUCAUUCAUGGAAUCAGUUCCAUUCCUUGCAUGGUCAUCCUCUCUGUGUUUUUUGCAUCAGUUUCUCUCAGCAUUUUCAAGGAAAACAUGGUGUGCUCAGUGGAAAUGUUCAUAUUAUAUAAGUGGCACAAUGAUCUUAGGUCAGCUGUAAGUCAGUUUUUCUUUUUAAUCAUGUGCAUUGUCAUUGUUUUCUCGUAUUAUAAAAUAAUGCGAGUAGCUAAAGCAGCAUCGGGAGAGAAUAAACAGUCAACGCUAAGAGGCCUGAAAACAGUGCUCCUUCAUGCUUUCCAGCUGCUGCUCUGCCUCAUCCAGCUGUGGUGUCCCUUCAUAGAAAUUGCUGCUCUCCAAGUUAGUAUGAACUUUUUCAUCAGUGUAAGAUAUUCUAACUACAUAAUAUUUAUUCUCGCUCCCAGGUGUCUGAGUCCUCUCAUUUAUGGCCUCAGAGAUGAAACCUUUUUUCUUGCUUUAAAAAAGCUUUGGAAGAUUUAGGAUCAGAAUAGUUUUCCUGCAAAAAUCACAGGAUUUUUGUGCUACAGGGUAACUGGAGUUUAGAGUUUAUCCUAAAACACAAAAUCUGUAGCCCUCUGAACUUACUUUGGUGCAAAAUAAACUGUUUGUCUUAAAUGACAUAACCGUUUUUCUUGUUACUCAAUUGUGGCCUGAACUGAUUUUUCGAGUUGAAUAUUGAAAGCACUUGAAAACAAUUAUUUACUACAACUUUUCAAAACCAUCGCAAUCUAUUCAAUAUAAAGUUUAAUUACUGCGAUGGUUUUCACCAGGUCCUGUUUUCUCUUGUCAUAACUGCUAAGCUGAUUUAUUUAUUUAUGUUUGUUUUUCAUCCUUCUGUUUCUAAGUGAUGAGAAUCUGUCCAAGAAAGCUAGUUUCAGAUUUUAUUCACUUUAUUUAGAAGUUACCAGCAACCUCAUUAACACAAGUAAAAUAUAACAAACAUGGUCUGCAUUCACUGUCAACUUUCAAACAAUUCACAUGUUAAACAUAUAUAGGUUUUUUUAUGUUUAUGUCUGUUUUUUGAUGAUCUAAUGAUUUGAAAAGAUAUACAUAU